AUGCGGUGGGGAUACAAACUUGUUGUGGCUGCUCUAUGCGUCGCCUUGAGCAGGGGUGAGCUGCCCGAAGACGACUUCAGGAUAAUAAACAAACAGGACUUGUUGGCGUCAAACAGCGAUAUCUUCGAAGAUAAGGAUGCAAGAUCGUUUUCACAACUGUUGUUCGAUGUUGCAAGAGACCAGCUUAUAGUGGGCGCAAGAGAUACCAUGUACCGUCUAUCGUUACGUGGCCUACGACAAUUGGAGCGAGCUGAUUGGCCAGCGCCGGCGGACAAGUCCAAGCUCUGCCAGGAUAAAGGCCAGACAGAAGAAGACUGCCAUAACUAUAUCAAAGUUCUGCUCUCGUAUGGCCACAAGUUGUUCGCCUGUGGAACUAACGCGUUCAGUCCUGUAUGCAGUUGGAGAGAGAUCGAGUCAUUAAACCUAAUAUCAGAAUGGGUAUCUGGCGUGCCAAACUGCCCUCACAACCCCCAUUCGAACGUCACAGCGAUCCUCACUUCCAGUGGCGAAUACUAUGCCGGAACUCCCACUGACUUCACCAGCUCUGACACAGCUAUCUGCAGGAACCAUGGAGCGUCUCCUCGCAACACGAGUAUGCUACGAACGACACAGUAUGACUUGAACUGGCUAAACGAACCCCAGUUUGUGGGUAGUUUUGAAGACGACCAUUUUGUCUACUUCGUGUUUAGGGAAGUGGCUGUGGAACAUUUGAACUGUGGAAAGAUAAUCUAUUCCCGUAUUGCUCGUGUGUGCAAAAAUGAUUCUGGGGGUCACUUGGUAAUGAAGGACAACUGGAGUACCUUUUUGAAGGCCAGGCUCAAGUGCUCAGUACCAGGAGAUGUCUCGUUCAAUUACGAUGAAGUACAGAGCGUGGAGUAUCUGCCACAAGAAAAAAUUUUGGUCGCUGUAUUUAGUACACCUGCAAACAGCAUAUCGGGCAGUGCUUUAUGCGUAUACAAUAUGUCAGAUAUUUUAGCGGCAUUUGAAGGGCCGUACAAGGUUCAGGAUUCGCCGACAUCAACUUGGGAGCCGAAAUCUCCGUCGAGAGAAGCCAGGGACCAUUUUAAGUGUAUGGCUGAUACUAGACCACCAAUUGAAUACCACCGCUACCAUCUGAUGUACGAUUCUAUUCAACCUAUAUCUGGAGAACCUGUCUACAAAGCGGUACUAGAACGAUUCACCCACGUUACAGUUGAUAUUGCCAACACAAAAACCAUGGGAAAACAGCUCGUCGCUUUCGUGGCCACAGAGAAGAGUUAUGUUGUGAAGUUGGCAAUACUGCCGCGGUAUGAGGGCGCAUGCGUCGUGGAGAUUUGGAAACUCAAAGACGCUAGUGGCGGCUACGAUAUACGAGCGAUGCAGUUUGUUAAAGAUUCGAUGUCCCUGUACAUAGGCAGUGAUACCGGCGUGCUAAGACUUGGCAGCGAACGCUGUUCUCGGUACAAAAGCAGAUCCAGCUGCGUCGGCGCUACCGACCCUCAUUGCGGCUGGGACGAUGCUAGAGAAAUUUGUGUUCGGGCCACACCUCACCUCCACCACGCUUACUUUAUACAGAAUACAGCCGCUUGUCCCACAAUUAGCACACCUGUCGAUGGCGGUUGGUCAUCUUGGUCGGAAUGGGAGCCAUGCAUGCAAGACGGAUCACCGCAUAAUACUUUCGGCGAUGAUAAACCUGACAUGUGUAGGUGUCGCACGAGACUUUGUGACAACCCCAAACCGGCUAAUGGCGGACAAAAAUGUGCAGGAGCCAGCAUAGCAGUAACGAACUGCACGGUUCACGGCGGUUGGUCAGCCUGGUCUGCGUGGUCUGAAUGUUCUACGACAUGCGGGAUCGCUGUCAAGUCCAGGCGUCGAACCUGUACCUCACCAGAACCAAAGUUCGGCGGACGAGUGUGUGUUGGCUUGGAUUCCAAUGAUAUGUACUGUGCCAAUCUACCACCAUGUCCAGAUCCAAACUUAGCACCAGUGGAUGGCGGUUGGUCCCCAUGGAGUCAAUGGUCUCCGUGCUCUGGUGUGGGUUGUGGAAUCAAUGCUGGUGCACGCGAGAGAAGACGCAAUUGCAGUAACCCAGCACCGAAACAUGGUGGCGCGGACUGCGAAGGUUCAAGAUACGAGAGACAACCCUGCGACUUACGUCCUUGCGAAGUUAGGAAGGCCACUGCUUGGACGCCUUGGGUGCAAAUGUUAGGAAAUGCAACAGAUGGCAGUUAUACAGAAAAGCGGUUCAAAUUCUUGUGUAAAGCACCUACGCCCGAACAAAUAAGGCUGUCACUAGCCCGGGAGGAAGAAAGAUACUGCAACGCACAAGGGGCUUGCAGCAGUACUCCUCCAGAGGAAGACAACGGCUGGGAUGGCUGGGGGCCCUGGGAGGCCUGUUCAGCCCCAUGUGGAGGUGGCCAGCAGGCCAGGUCCAGGAGGUGCAGAAGACCACCAUGUAGUGGCCCAUCAGAUAUGCUCAGAGCUUGUAAUACACAUGCUUGUAAUGGUGAAUGGUCUUGUUGGAGCGACUGGAGUGAAUGCAGCGGUAGCUGUGACACUGGUGCUACCGGACAUCGAUCCCGCACCCGGAUGUGUCUCUCUCCGGAAGGAUGCGCUGACGCAGGUGCUGCGCUAGAAAGGAGGAUAUGCGUUAAUACUUGCGCAGAGUCGGAAUCAGGCUGGGGUUCUUGGGGACAGUGGGGUGAAUGCGAGAGCGGCGAGAGAGUGAGACGCAGGAGUUGCGAAACCGGCGCAUGCGUCGGUGCGCAGUUGCAAGUUGCGCGUUGCGACUCUGACAACACUAUGGACAAUGAGCUAUAUGCAAUGCCAGCGUACAGCCAAGGAGUAGAGAUGGCUUCUUUUGUGACAAUGAGUAACGAAUCGCUCAGCAUUGGAGGUAUCGUCGGAUGUGUUGUCGCCGCUUUUGUUAUCGGUUGUCUUGUAUGUCUGGGUGCUGUUAUAUUCCUGCAACGACGUGGUUCAGCACCAUGGAAGAGGUCCACCCGGGUGCCUUCUAGUCCUCACUACAUAACUGCCAAGCAGAACAGCUACGUCACCGUGCCAUUGGAUAGACCCAGAAAACCUAAGAGACAACCGUCCUUCUCCGGAAUCGGUGGCACAAGCGGUAUGCUUCUAAAAACAACGAACAUCUCCAACGCGAACAACCACAACAAUGGUGUCACGACUCCAAAACUGUACCCCAAAGCAAUAGCAAACGAAUAUGACUCUAUGGGUACUCUGCGGAGGCAUUCGAACCAACCGAGCACAAAAAACAACCUGGACGUAGAGGAGGACAAAUUCUAUUGA